GUCUGGCCAAAAAUGUUGUGAACCAAAUUAGAAACUGAAUCAAAACAAAAUUAUUUUUGCAACGAUAAGGCAAUUAAAAUAUACAAAUUUGAAGCUUUUUAAAGUUAAUCUGCAAUGCCUUUCUGUCAUGUGUGUGUAAAAAGUGAUAAUGAACCAUAAUUUCAAUCUCAAACUCAACUCAUGGUGGCGAGAAACUUGAGAAAAUGUUUCAUAAAUUAAUGUUAAAGAAAAUAUUUUUGUUUUUGUUAAUUAUAAGUUGUUUCUUUCUUCUGUUUCUCUACUUAUGGACCUCAUAUUCAUUAAGCUUCAAAGAACGCUAUAUCCGACCAGAUAACUUUCUGCCUUUAUUUAAUACGAGAACAACUAAAAAUAAAUACGAUUUUGAUGAGAAUAUUGUGGUGAUCUACAAUCGAGUUCCGAAAACAGCAUCGACCAGUUUCGUCAAUUUGACGUAUGACCUAUGCAGGAAAAACCAUUUUCAUGUACUUCAUAUUAAUAUAACGGGAAACAAUCACGUUUUAUCGCUGCCCAAUCAGAUGAAGUUUGCAAGAAAUAUUACAGCAUGGGUUGAAAUGAAGCCAGCAUUUUAUCACGGUCAUAUGGCCUUCCUCGACUUCUCAAAAUUUGGAAUGCCAGAAAAGCCUCUGUACAUAAACAUUAUUCGUAAACCAUUGGAUCGACUGGUAUCUUAUUAUUAUUUCCUUCGUUACGGAGAUGAUUAUCGGCCUCAUCUCGUGAGACAUCGAGCAGGUGACACAAUGAGUUUUGACGAAUGCGUGAAGCUGAAAAAACCAGAUUGUGAUCCAAAAAACAUGUGGCUACAAAUACCUUUCUUUUGCGGUCAUCACGCUGAGUGCUUCGAAGCUGGAAGUGAAUGGGCACUCGAGCAAGCCAAGAAAAAUCUAGUUAAUGAGUAUUUCUUAGUUGGAACUACCGAAGAUUUAGGUGAUUUUAUAGAGAUGCUAGAGUUAUCGUUACCACGGUUGUUUCAAGGGGCUGUUGAGUAUUUUAAUAAAUCUAACAAAUCACAUUUACGGAAGACAAAAGGCAAAACAAACCCACUACCUAUUACCGAAACAAAAAUUAAAGACUCGAAAAUUUGGCAAAUGGAAAAUGAACUUUAUUACUUUGCACGAGAUCACUUUUAUUUUAUUAAAAACAAGCACAUUAGCAAUGGAAAGAAACAAGAUUUCAUGUAUGAAAAAAUUAAGCCAGGACCUAAAUUAUCCAAAACGUUCUUUGCCAUCAAAGAAUUAAAAAAAAAUUGCCGAAUAAUGAGGUUUUACACGAUGUUGUCUGAACUUGAUGAUCUUCCAUCGAUCAAACUUGGAGAUUUCACUCUUCGAUUUGAACUUGAUGAAUUGACGCCUUUUGGAAAAGAAGUCGCUGAGAAGGAAUUAAGAGAGAGCCCAGUGAACAAGGAGAAUGGAAUUAAGGAACUUAAACGAAUGUUACAACAAGAAACUGAUUUGGUUGUUCCAAUCGACAAUGAUGAUUGGAUGGUGAGAUUCUUGCGACCUUGCAAAUACUACCCCGAAAGUGCACUUGAACUUAUCAAGCGUUAUUACAGCUUCAAAAUCAAACAUCAUGAUGUAUACUAUGGACUCAUGCCGUCAAAAGAAGAGAACAUUUUCAAGGCUAAUAUUCUCACAGUCUUUCCACAGCGUGAUCAGCUUGGAAGAAGAAUUCUUCUUCUCGAAUUAGGAAAGAAAUGGAAACAUAAAGAAGUUUCUUUGGAUGAAGUUUUCAAAGGCUGUGUGCUGUUUUUAGAAGCAGCGAUGCUUGAACCGGAGACACAAGUCAACGGAGCUGUUGUGAUUUUCGAUAUGGAUGGCUUAUCACUUCAACAGUGUUGGCAGUUCACUCCACCUUUUGCCAAAAGAAUUGUUGAUUGGUUACAAGAUUCAGUUCCACUUCGCAUCAAAGGAAUUCAUAUUGUUAAUCAGCCGAAAAUCUUCAAUAUGGUCAAAAACAAAAUGAAUGCUAUCUUGAGGUCAUCCAUCCGUUCAAUUAAAUCGUUAACCGGCCUUCCAACGAUCGUGAGAUCAAUUCAAAACCGAACAAUUUUUCACAUGGUUAAUCGUCAAAGUUUUGCAUCGACUAACUCGAUUGAGUUAAAGCAUCCUUCUUUUAAUUGCAAAUGUGGAUGUGCAGGAAUGAGUAAAAUUCAUACAAAAGGCGAAAAAGAGCUGGUAGAAUUUCUUGCAGAAGAAAUUGUAGCUGAGCGAAAAGCUCAAAAGAAAAAGACGUUGCCAUCAGAAAUUGAUGGAUUCAAAGUUAAGCUGGAUGGUGCAGACGUUGAUUUCGUGAAAGAUCUUGGCAAUGAGAAAGUAAGCGUUUCAUUCAACGUUAACCAUACUGUCGACACUGAAGAGGAACCUGAUAUUAACAUGGAACAAGAUAAGCCAGAGUUGGGCGAGAUGAAGAGCAAACCAUCAUUCGAAGUUGAAAUUCAAAAGGGCAACAAAACACUUUCAUUCUCAUGUUCAUUCUUGCAAGGAGAAGCUCAAGAGGGCGAAUACAAUGACAUGUUUGGUAUUGAUGAGGUUACAAUUUAUGAAGGCGAAUGGAACGAAAAAGUUUACGCUGUAGCUGGAGAUGUUCUCGAUGGAUAUUUAUAUGACUUGCUUAUGAACUAUUUAGAGGAGAAGGGAGUGUCAAAUGAGUUUGCAGAAAAACUCAGUGACUUCAGUACUGGAUAUGAACAUCAAAGUUACAUCAGUUUACUUGAAUCCCUUUCAAAAUUUGCAGUAGACUCGAAAUAAACAUUUUAUAAGAGCUCUUCUGCUCUGUACUUUUAUAAUUAAGAGAAAGAUAUUUAGUCAUGCCAUGAGAGAUGUUGAAGAUAUGAUAGAUGUCAUUAAUAAUAAAGAAUAUUUUAAAUGAAAAGAGAUUCAAUUCAUGUCACGAA